AUGUAUUUGUGUGCAGGCGAAAUUAUUUAUACCCUAAUUGCAUCAGAUCCUGACGGUGACUGUAUAACAUUUGGUGUUCAGGACGGUUCAGAAUACUUUGACGUCAACGACCAAACUUGCACAGAAGCUAAAGUUAAGCUAACAAAGGCUUUUGAUUAUGAAGUGGAGACUGACAUCACUGUGUACAUUGUUAAUGUAAAUGACCAUUCACCAGAAUUCAUUGGCUCUCCUUAUGUAACAUAUGUAUUCGAGGAUACAUCAGAAGGGACUAUGAUAUAUUCCGUCACUGUAAUUGACAAUGAUGUAGGUAGCAGUGGAGGUUGUACAAUUACUAUUACAAAUUUAGAUGACUACGAUGGCAUGUUUUAUAUUAACUCAUCGGUAGUAGCGGAGAAAACAACAGUUGCUGACAUUUACCUCACUGGAACCUUGGAUUUUGAAUCUUUGAGAGUGUAUAAACUGAACCUAUUUGCUGAAGAUUUUGGUACAGAUCCAGGUCCACUAAGUAGUAGUGCUACACUUUAUGUUAAUGUGAAAGAUGUUCAAGACAUGCCACCUAAGUUUAUUGGUCUGCCAUAUUAUGCGGAUGUCCCAGAAAAUCAACCAGUGAAUACAUCAGUAAUGGAAGUUCUUGCGGUAGAUGGUGAUCUCGGUGUUCCACAACGUAUACGAUAUGGUAUUGCCUCUGGACAAAAUGAAGCAGAUUUGUUUUGGGUUGAAACUAUAACAGAUAGUGGUAAAGGAGUUUUAUAUACUUCAGUUCCGCUGGAUCGGGAAGCUGUAGGCAUUGAUGGUGGCAUCAUAGCAUUCAACUUGACUGCAAUAGAAAUUGACCAGUAUAACCAACCUCUAAGCACUAUUACAACGUUCACUAGAGUUACUAUUCUUGUAUUGGAUGAAAACGAUGGGACGCCAUAUUUUGAUCAGUCGUAUUACAAUGGUAGCAUUCAGGAAAACUCGCAAAUGAACCGUAAAAUACUCAACAUCAUAAUGAUUGUCAAAGAUUCUGACUCUACUGUAGAAAUGGCGUCUUUCGAACUCAAAAUUAUUAACAAUGCUGUGGCAAGUGAAGCAUUUUACGUGAGUCCAGACAAAGCUUUAUUUUCAACCCAUGCUGUUAUCAAAGUGAGAAAUCCUGAUUAUUUAGAUUUUGAAAGUGUACAACUGUUUAAUUUUCAGGUAUUAGCUUACGAUUUAUCAGAAGAAGGUCUGAGCAGUACAGCAGAUGUAACGAUUCAUGUCAUGGAUAUGAAUGACAAUUCUCCUAUUUUUACUCAAGACGAAUACUGGGGUAAUGUGCAUAAGAAGUCACCUGCAGGAACAUCGAUUUUACAAAUCAGUGCAACUGAUAUGGAUAGUGGUGUAAACGCUGAGAUAGUAUACAGUAUUACAGACGUAGUACCGCCCACUGAUAGUUUCAUAGUGAAUAGAUCCACUGGUGUUAUUGGCUUGAAAGAUACGCUUGACUCUAAAACAUCAACUGAUGAGUAUACACUAACAGUCAUGGCAAGAGAUAGAGGUUAUCCUUCACAUUCCACUACAGCACUAUGUAUAAUAUCUGUGCUGAUCUGUAAAUGUUACGAAGCAGCAGAAAGUGAAACCAUUAUAGAGUCCAUGCCAACUGAUGCAAGCACUGGAAACGAGAGUACUGAAUAUACAGUGUUUAUCAUUGUCGUUGUUAUUGUCUGUUCCAUAUUUGCAUUAGCAGUUGUUGUAAUCGCUGUGUUACUGAUAGACAUCAGAAGGAAAUUGUACUUGAAUAAGAACUUAUCACAACCGUCACGACAAAUCAGUGGUACUGUUAUACAUAACGACGAGGUUGCAUUACAGGAGACCUAA